ACGGGGCAGAUCCCUCCGCGCCCCGCGGGCACCAGAUCGACAAAGACGGACCCGCCAAGGGGGCGGAGGAAAGCGAAAACGACAGGCUAGACUGCAAAUCGAGACACGGGCUACGAUCCGUCGGCCCAAUGGGCGCCAGGAAGGGCCCGGCAUAGCGGAGGAAGUGUCGGAGCGGGCGUUGUCCUUGGCUGACGAGAGUAUCGGGGUGCUGGCCUCUCGCCCUGGUGGUGCCACUACUGUCUUCGGAAAGAUUAUCGGCGAGGCGUUUCUGUGGUAUCGUCAGCGACAAAGACUAGGAGUGCGGUGCGUUCCGUGAUCUUUUGCCCCUAGACAGGACGCUUUUCCUAGUCAUGCCUGAGGAGCCAAUUAUCGAGUUGUCUGAAGCAGGAGAUUCUGGUGAAUGUUGCGGUGCGUUCCGUGAUCUUUUGCCCCUAGACAGGACGCUUUUCCUAGUCAUGCCUGAGGAGCCAAUUAUCGAGUUGUCUGAAGCAGGAGAUUCUGGUGAAUGUUGCGGUGCGUUCCGUGAUCUUUUGCCCCUAGACAGGACGCUUUUCCUAGUCAUGCCUGAGGAGCCAAUUAUCGAGUUGUCUGAAGCAGGAGAUUCUGGUGAAUGUCUUCUUGGGCAUGUAAUGAUUGUUGGCGAGAUGUGUGUUGCUCACCUGAGCCUGACCAAUGGAUUCCGGAUGGUUGUGGAUGAAGGGCCCGAGGGUGGGCAGUCUGUCUGUCGCAUACAUCUACCCGUUCUGGGUGGCCAUCAGUUGGGCUGGCCGCCUGGCUAAGAUUUUGGCACCGCAAGAGUUGCUGCACGUGUGCAAAUCUCCACUGGAUGGAUUUCAUUUGUUGCCCAUCAAUCUAGCAGCUUUUGAUGAAUAAUUUUUUUUUCCACUGUUUCUGUAGAAGGUAAUAAAAGCUUUGCGCAGCAGUUGCACAAUAAAGAUUUGUCAUGGGGAUAUCA